AUGGACAUCAGCAGAGAUAUUGGGACGUAUAUGCUUCAGGGAUGGAUUUUGACAAAUGAUGCCUGUCCCAAAUGUAUUUACCCCCUCAUGCGGUCCCCAGCUGCGCGCUCCCCACCGGAAACGUUCUGCGUUAAUUGUGAUGGAGGACCCACCGGGAGCUCAACCAAGGGAGAAAAAACCUACACUAGCCAACCAAUAAUUGCUCAAGCAUCAGAAGAGGCUUCUGCGCAUACUGAAUCGGCAUCAAGCAGUAGUCAUCGGUCGCGUGCGUCUACCCCUCCCACAGAAGUAUCUGAACCUCCACACAAUGCCGGGGAUGAUUUCGAUCCACUGCCACCACCUUCAGAAGAAGUUCUUCAGCGUAGGGCCCAAUCGGAUUAUGCUUCCGCAGAAAUUGGAAAACUCCUUUUGAGAGGAUAUGCAAUGCUUGCGGACGAAUGUCCUAAUCUGACGUGCUAUGGUGUGCCACUUGUGCGGCCGCCCAAAACCCCAGACGGUGGACCAAGUGCCAAUAAGGAAUGCGUUGUCUGUCGCUCCGUUUAUGUAUAUGGCUCUGACGGUAGGAGCCUAGUCGCUGCCACAGUACCCAUUCCGCAAAACCUGGUCGCGAACUCCAAUGCCUCCAUCCAACCCCUUUCGAGGGCGCUAGCUGAGGGAAUAACCCAGUCAAAGGAGGUCACUUCAGCAGUAUGUAGCCCUACAUCUAAUGAGGGUUUAAAUGAACUCAUGGCCAUCGAGGAUGCCCCAAGCACACAAGCGGCUUUCAAUGACGCUUCUCUGCAAGUCUCAGACCCACUGCAGCAGACACUGCUCGCGUUGGAGCACUCGUUGACCGUUUUAGCCUCGCGGAUGCGUGAACUUGCGUCACCCCCUGCUCUAACAAAUCUCAACACAGCCGCAAUGACGGAUGUCGCUAAGACAAUGGAUUCUGUUUUAAGCGCUUUGAAUAAGGCAAAGCAAUUGAAGUAG